AUGACUGGUGAGGACAAAUUUCCAGCAGUUGAAGUUCUGGAUGGCAAAUCACAGAAGCUCAGCCUGAAACGGGAAGUGGGACUGGUUGGCGCUGUGUCACUUGUGGCUGGCACUAUGAUUGGAUCUGGGAUUUUUAUGUCCCCUCAAUUCGUUCUGGUCAACAUAGGAAGCCCAGGAGGAAGCCUGGUGGUCUGGGCUGCUUGUGGCCUGCUGGCUGUGCUUGGCUCUCUCUGCUAUGCUGAACUGGGGACAGUCAUCCGAGAGUCGGGGGGAGAGUACAUCUACAUCCUACGGACGUCAGGCCCAGUAUUGGCCUUCAUUUUAAUUUUCAGCUCAGUCAUAUUUGUGAGACCUGCCAGUGUGGCAGGGAUCUCACUGAGCUUUGCUGAAUAUGCAUUGGCACCUUUCUACCAGGACUGUCCAUGCCCACAGCUGGUGGUGAAGUGUGUGGCUGCAGCAGGGAUUGUGGUGACAGCCAUUGUUAACUGUCUGAAUGUACGAUUCUCCAUGUCAAUGCAAGUGUUCUUCAUGGUGGCCAAGGUGCUGGCUCUUUCAGUAAUAAUUAUUGGAGGAGUGGUGUUGCUCGUCAGAGGGGAAACAGAAAGUUUUGAGGAUUCUUUUAAUGGGACCAACUUGGGCAUCAAUCCGAUAGGUAUUGCUUUCUACCAGGGACUGUGGUCCUACGAUGGAUGGAAUAACUUGAAUUAUGUGACAGAAGAGCUGAAACGUCCUGAGGUAAAUCUGCCCAGGGCAGUUAUGAUUGCCAUCCCCAUGGUAACCAUGCUCUAUCUACUGGUCAAUGUGAGCUACUUGGCUGCCAUGACGCCCAGAGAACUGAUGUUGUCAAGUGCAGUGGCUGUCACCUGGGGGAAUAAGGUGCUCGGGAGAUGGGGAUGGGUGAUGUCCAUUGCAGCUGCUUUGUCUGCUUUUGGCUCCCUGAAUGGAACAUUCUUUAGUGGUGGCCGGGUGUGCUUUGUGGCUGCAAGAGAGGGACACAUGCCUGAUAUUCUUGCCAUGGCCCAUGUGAAUCGACUGACCCCCUCUCCAGCCCUGAUCUUCACCACGGCUAUCUCACUUCUGGUUCUCAUCCCUGGGGACUUCCAGAGCAUUGUCAACUUCUUCAGUUUUACAGCCUGGUUCUUCUAUACAAUCACUCUGUCUGGGCUUCUCUACCUCAAGAUCAAGAAACCUGAACUUCCCAGGACAUAUAGCGUUCCCAUUGUAAUCCCCAUCUUGGUCAUCAUGGCAGCGAUUUUCCUUGUGAUGGCACCUAUCAUUGACAACCCCGCGAUAGAGUACCUCUACGUCACCAUAUUCAUCUUCAGUGGUGUAUUGGUUUAUGUGCCAUUCAUUCACUACAAACUCUGCCCUGGACUGUUGGAGAAAGUCACUGUGUUCCUGCAGCUCUUCCUAGAGGUGGCACCAGCAGACAAAAAUGUAUGA